AUGCCCCCCAUGCUACGGAAAGAGGUGGUGAGGCAACUCCUGACGAAACCCUCUGUAGAUCCAGAAGAUCUAAAUAAUGUCAAGCUGGUGGCAAAUGCCCCCUUCCUGGGCAAGGUCCCUGAUGAUCUCAAAGCUCACUGUGUGAAGGCACCGCACAGGCCACUGCAGGCGGCGCUCUGGGGGGCCCUCGCCUGCCCCCGAUGGGCCCUGCCUGGCACCCGCGUGCACAGUGCCCAGCCCAGUGGCCGCUGCUGGAGCUGUGGCGAUCCCCUCGCCGGCAGCGGCUCGCCCGCACCCUGCUUCUGCCCAGCCUGCCGUGCCCUGCAGCCCCUGGAGCCCCGCCAGGACCUCUUCCGCCUCAUAGGAUGUGACUGCACCUUCUGUGUGGACGUGACUCUCCUCCAGCAGUGCUUCCGGACUUUGCAGCGCUUGCUGCACCCCGAUUACUUCAGCCGGCGGCCCCAGAGAGAGCAAGAUUUUUCGGAGCAGCACUCCUCCCUGGUCAACAAGGCCUACCAGACGUUGCUGAACCCCUUAAGCCGCAGGCUGUACCUGCUGGAAUUGAAUGAAGUAGAGCUGGAAGAAGGAACAGACACUGAGGCAGAUCCAGAAUUUCUCUUGGAAAUCAUGGAGAAGAAUGAGAAACUGUCAGAAGUGCACAAUGAUGCUAAAAUAGAAGAGAUAGAAAAUGGCAUUGCAGCAAAACAAGCAGAGCUGAUUGCGAGUGUGAGCGGAGCCUUUGAGAAAGAUGACCUUCAAGAAGCCAAAAAACUUUUAGCCAAAAUGAAGUAUUUUGCAAAACUUGAAGAAAAAGUGAAGAAGAGGAGAAUCCCUUCAUGACCCUCCAUACUCAAUUGCGAUGAAUUUUUUCCUGUUUUAAUUUUACCCUAUUUGUUCAGGCAACUCCGAGUCCUAUUUGGAAUGGAGUUGACAUGAUGCAGAAGAGACCAGAUCCUCUCUCUGUUCCUUAGACCAGGCCAAG